AGUAGAGGCAGAAGUAGUCUAGAAGUACCACCGAAAAACAACGUGCCCGUAAAUACGUCCAGGAACAAAAAUAUAAAACGUGCUUGUAAAUCCUUGGCAGAAAAAACUACUAAUCUUUUGUAUGUUCUGAUUGAGAGAAUUACUAGGUUUUGGAGGCUCGACAGAGCCGAUGAUUCAAAUCGAUGUCUUGUGCAGCAGCAGCUAUCCGUACUACGUGCAGGAGGCAAGGCAUCGUUUGUCAUGAACAAGGGUCUGAUGUCGCCCUCCACUCUACUGUCGGUGGAAUUAUCUCCUCCUGUAAAGAUGAUACGGAGGCAAAGAAGGACGGCAAUGGGGUGGGGCCGGUGGCGACCCUUCAGCGGAAUACGGUCACGGACAGGAGUUGCCGAAGAGUGUAGAGAGGAAAGGUCUCAAGAUGAUGGGACGAGCGCAGCUUUGCUGGCAUCGUCUCGGUGUUCAAGCGGCAGCAACGCUGGAGCAGCAACGCUGGAAUGCAUGUGGGUGGCUCGCUCUAGAAGACGGAGGAGAAAAAAGUGGAUGUCCUCGCCAACACUCUCUCAGAGUCUGGAGGCGGAAGAAGAGGAGGAAAUAGCCCUUACUACAGGAGCGUUGGACACGGACUCCGAAAAAUGCUCAAACGCUUUUGGGUAUCCGAUCUUAGUGAGGCGGUGUCCUCGUCGCAGAAAAAAACCCCCAGAUGACGAGGGACUCCACAGUAGUUGGCGCGUUGGUGUCUCUAGUGCGUGGCUAUGGCUAUGCAGCGAUACGAAAGGAGGCUCCCGACCGAAGAAACAGAGAAUAGCAUGCAAAAAUGCUUCCAGAAGAAGUAAACCAGGACCGAAGAAGAAGAUGAGGAGACACCUCACUUUUACAUCAACAAUUACAGCAGCGUCUAGUCAUCUGCGGCCGUUGUGGGACGUCGUUUCACCAGUCUUCGACCUUGUGCUUCUUCUCGUCGGAAUUUUGGCGUAUCAUCUUCCAUACUACCUCUUCUUACACCUUUACAGCGAUUUUUCCAUGAUAGGCGUUUUGGCGGAGCUUCCAAAUGCGUGUGUGAUAGAGGAAACGACGAUGAUAGUGGACGGAAAUCUGGUCGAUCUUGGUAGUAGUCUCGAGGAUACAGCCGAAGCCGGUAUCAACUUCCAUCCGGGCCUGCUGACUGUAGAUCAGUGCGCUGCAGUCUGCGCGUUCACACCAGGCUGCUCCGGCGUAGCUUUUGCGCGUCACAAGACAGCGCCAUUUCGAUGGGUGUGGCGAGGGGAGCUCUAUCACGGCGAACUUCCUGCAGCCGAAUUUCAGGCCAUGUACUCGAAUGGGGUUGUUAUGAGCCGUUUUAUUGGAAGACCAGUGUCAAUCUUGCUCAUUGUAGUUAGUAGUUCUUAGUAGUUGUACUUGUACAACUUUAUCCUCUUUCUCUGGUACCAGCUACUUCCAGAGCUCGUUAGUGGAACUACUAGUGGAACUUCUACUUCUACUAGCGCGUCCGAAAAUUUUUUACAGAAGAUUCUGAACAUAUGAGACCGGGUGAUGCCAUUUGCAUGGCGAUUGUACUAUUUGGAGCAGCAUGGUCAUGAUGAUUACACAGCGGUCUUCGUAGUACCGUUCCUAGCACCGAAUCUAAGUUCCGCUUCCCUGCACCUGGUGAUAACGACACGACGCCGAUUAAGAAUGGUGGGCCUGGAGAGCUGAAUUGGAAGGCCUUCAACGAUACUGGUGCUUUCAUUGAGGUGACACCACACGUUGUAGACCAACAACGUAUGGCAUCUGUGAGGAAUAGCUACAGUUUCCUUUUCGUAGUUUAAUCGUGAGAAGUGAUAUUUACAAGUAUAGGAUGCCGGUGCAAGAGACUACUAGCACCAAUUUGUUCCUUUAGAAUCAGAUUUCGUUUAAUUCAAGAAAGAAGCAGGAAGCUUCUCUAAAACUUGAACUACUUAGUACUUAGCAAAAUUCAAUCAUUUGUGCUACUUCUUGGACCCCCCUGCUAUCCCUAAGUAGAGUGCUAAAGAACUCCCUAAUCCCUCCUUUCAUGUAAACUCUGCUGCGGGAUGCUGCGCUGAGACGGCUAGCCAAUAUGCCAGGUCGAAAGCUGGACCUUGCAUCUGAAGGGAGCAACUGCGUCUUGAAAACGGGUGUGUGGGCGAAUUUGAGGAGGGAUACGCAGAGCGCUCUAGCAGCGAACUACGCUUCAGUUGAUUAAGGGUUCAUCCUCAAACUCGUUUUCAUCUUAGGUAGAAGCAUCAGCAUCGCUUUUGACACUCUUCCAAAAUGAUCAAAGAUGCAGCGCUUCAAGAUGAAUAUUGUAUACUGUAGGGAAGGUGGGCCUCUAAGGUGAGAUGUCAGCCAAGUGUCGGAGCACCUUUCAACAUAUUGCCAUGGUGGGCGGGCUCUCUGUCGGGAAACACUCAGAAGCUCUUUUCAAGGAACUCAUUAGCGGAGGCAUCCAAGGAACAGCCGAGUUAUGAUCUGCUCGUACCAGUACUGGCACCACUUCGGGUACAACAAGGAUAACAAAAAUGAUUACAAUACAAGAAAAUAUAGCCUACGCAAUUUAGAUUAUGUUUUUACUAAAUAAAUCCUAAGCCUAGAAGAUGCACUACUUGACAUCAUGACCAUUGAUAUCUUCGACAAAACAAAUCAACGUGUUGUCCAUACUGCCUCUUUCAUUCGGCGGAAGGAGGCCCAAGAAGAAAAAGCAUCCAUUUAUGUCGUCCGUAGUUUCGGCACCAACCGGAGGCCUUCCUUACGUCUGUGAUUACGAGCGGGACGUCGCGUAUUUGCCGGAAACUUCUCUUACGGGUAGGUUUUUGAUGUUUCUGUAGUUCCCGUUAUAGCCUUGCCUCUCUCCUUCACAGGGGAGAAUGCGCAGAAUUAACGGAUGAAACGGGGUAAACUAGGGACUAACACCGACCAAGAACCUAGUGCCUCUAAUCUUCGAAACAACCUCUGGAUGUCACGCACGAAUGGCUCGAUAGUAGCGCAGCCAGUGGCGUUGGCGCAAGACAAGUUGAAGCCGAUGCAUUGCUAUAAAAUCUGCGCGAAUACGCCAGACUGCACAGCCGUAACGUACGACAUGCACACGAAGGAUUGCUUUCUCAAGUCGGCGAUCUUCCCCUCUGAUCGGAGGUUAUGAAAUUUGAUUUGAAUCUCUAGUCCGAGUAGUACUUUCUACGCUUGUAGUUCUGAUUCUUAGGCUGUUCUUAGAGAACCCUUCUUAUUUCACUACAAACACUUAGUAAAGAAAAAGAUGUUGACAAGCUCAUAUAUCUCUCCUGGUUUAUCGUUUUUGUGUAAAAACAAACCGGCAGUUCUAGUUGUAACAGAGAAAAUCCACUGCGAGUCACUCGCGAUUGAUGCUGUUUGAUGACAAGUCGAAACAACUUGAACUUAUCUUAACUUAGACUUCUUACAUCUUGGACAAUGAUUGUCCCCUCUGCAUCACCGUGCUGUCUAAUGAAGAGGUUGUCUACCACUUCUAAGCACGAUCGUAAAAGGUGGAGCGGAGGGCAUGGUGACGGUGCACAUGAACGACUUGUGCCGGCGAACAUUAGCACCUAGCAGCACGUACGUGAUGCACCCAGACGACAGUCUAUCAGGCAUGGUGUGCCCUAACAACUGCGCACUCGACAAAGACCGCAUGGUGCACUCAAAUCAGCCCUUCGUCACCCCACCAGAUAAACUGCGGGAUGGCAUUGUACAUUUCAAUUAUUCCGACUUGCGUUUUUGUUUCCACUAGUGCUACCUUGAGCAAAUAAAGCUGUUUCUUUGAGUACUUUUUACAAAUAUAGAGGCUAUUUCUUCUUCCGCGAGCGAUGCCUCAUUUUUAAUUCAAAUUCAUUGUCAAUCAUGUACAUGUACAUAUAGUUCUCUUUAUGCUUGCUGCAUUUACAUUUUCAUCCCGAUUUUCGAUAGAUUCGUUGGCGUUUUGGUGCCUGCAACCGGGUGGUGCAUGCGACUGGUUUGAAUGUGAAUUUUGAGCACUGUGUCGCUCUCUGUGAGAAGAUUCCGGACUGUCGUUACUCGACAAUAGGCUACGUGGAUGGGAGUCAGGGUUUGCGUUACUGUGCUGGCUGUCGAGUGCGUCCUACGAUCAAGACGGGUAAUGACGGCACUCCCGCAAUAACCUUCGCGAAGAGGUCGUUUUAUAGUUAGGUCUUCCUGUAAUCCAUCGAUCUUCGGAAGAGUCAUCCUGGAGAAGAGACUCUUCAAGAGAAAGACACCGUUCAAGGGAAAAAGACACGACCCUCCAGCAUGCACUAUCACCAAUUUUAUAAGACGGAAGCAAGAUUGACACCCUGCUCCAGGAUGUACCAUCUCAAGACGAGUCAAUUAGGGCGAUCCAGGUUUCUCUAUGUCUAUUGUAUCUAUAAGAUGGAAGAUCAGGGUCAGGGCGAGCAGCUCUAAUACAGACUGCCAUCCGGUCCACAGAUGCUAGCGUCACCAUCUGGAGCUGGUAUGCGCUGUGCCUACUCCGAUGCAGAUGAUGGAAUCCUACGUAUUGGCCCUCGCAAUUAUGUUGAAUGGGACGUGCUCGUGGAUAUUUUUGUUUUUGAAGGAGCAAACUGCUUUUUAUUUAUAGUAACUAGGUACUCCUAUCUCCUAGUACUCUUUUUUUCGAUCAGCGAACGAAGAAACUCCACCUGCUUCUAAGAAACGAGCUGUUCUUGGUACUAGUUCUUGUCCACAAACAGCGCCAGUUUAUUUUUAGUACCCAGCAUAGUGCACUCCCAAACCCAAUAUUAAUCUCGCCCACGAAAAUCCUAAGCCCUUAAGUGCUCUUUUUCAUUUCUUGGAGCUUCCGGGUGAGAUGGUGUAUUAUCAGGGCUCUUCGCCGAGUAUGGGAACCUGCAUGAAGAUGUGUAGUGACCCAACGAUGAUUUCGAGCAAAAAGUGCAUUGGCAUGGCAUUCGUGAAUGCGAUGGACCCCACGAAGGACGUAGAAACUGACGUCAUUAAGGCUAUUAUAUCACCGUAAAGCUAAAAAUGAAUUUAUAGUAUUAAUUAUAGUAUAAAUUGAAUAGGCUUUAUCAUUAUCUUCUGCGUCUGCGUUCUGCGUGGAAGCCGUACGUCCAAGCAAUAACAUGAACAUGGAUGAGUUUUCACUUGCGUUUGGGUAGUACUAGAGCGACCAUGCUGUUCACCUCUGGCUGCUACCAGCAACAACUACAAGCAGUUUAUCUAAAAGGUACUAAUUAUUGGUGUAAGUAGGCUCUAAUAUCCGUUUCUGUGUAGGGUGCGCUUACCGACCUGGUGAAGUCGAUCGGCAAUAUGCAAAGGAAACGCUCUUUUUCCGCAAAAGCUCGUACUCUACAAGACCAGGUAAGUGUAUCAUUACCUAAUCUUCUCACUUUUGUUUUGGUUGUUCUCACUUGGCAACUUGGAAAUUCAAAUUCAUUGAUUCCUCUCACAUGAAGAUGAACAAGAAGAUGAAUGGUAAAAAACAGAAACUGCUUCUCGUGAUUGGCAUAAUUCUAAUAAAUUGUUUCAUCUUCAGAGAUUCGUGACAAUGAUCAUCCAACCACAGCAACUUACAUGUCUCUGGAUGGUUCCCAUUUCGACAAGUAUGUGCGGCGGGGAGGUAGUUGCGGACUCGAUGACACGACAAAUGCGUACUUCGACCUUGGGUUCGCUGCCGACGUUGCGAAUCCGUGCACAAGGCCUAGAAUUUUCGACUUUCGCGGUCUCUACUUCGAACCCGGGCAAAUCAUCGAGUCUGAAGAAGGGACCAGCAUGGACGCGCUCAAUAAUAGCAAUGCUAUGAGAGGAAUCGGGUGAAGGAACGAACAUAAUACCAGAAGAAUCAAAUUUUUUUAUAACUACAGUAACUAAAAACACAAAAUAGAUUUUUGAAAUUAUACCCACCUAGGAAAUUAUGUUGAGCUUGAGAAGAACUACAGGUAGGAGUAGUACCUGUUAUUUAUAGGUUUUUGUUCUCCGAGAACUACUUCUAAAAAUCUGACGAGCGAGAACGAGACAACUACUAGUACGGAGGCGCCAGGCGGUGGUCCAGGAAAACGGCCGACAAGCGACCGUACGAGCUUCAGUUUGUCCGGUGUUGCCCCUAGCAUAGCGAAGUGCAACGAGGCAUGCCUGAUUCAUUCGCAGUGCACACAUGUCGUUAAGGAUGGCAACCUGUUAUUGACAAUCUUCGCUAAUAUACUUUCUUUCUUUUAUUUACUCUGUUUUCAAUAACAAUCUAUUUUCCAGGUCAGCAUACUAAUAGUACUUUCACAUUCUCAACCCAAGUUCCCACAGCGCAAAGCAUAAUUGCGGCGAGAACACGAGACUCGAUUGCAGAGGCUGAUAAUGAUUAGUACUCUCACAUCUGGGGAACAACUCAUUGCUCAUACUAUCUUUAACAUUAAAUCAUCCACGAUCCAUCCUUUUCCUUGGCGUUACAGUUUGCUCCUCUCCGUGGGACUGGGACAUGAAGAUGAACAACGAGCAACGAGCUGAACAAGGAAAGACAAGGUGUUGGGGGAUCCACAAAGUCGUGUUGGACCACGUGAGUAAGUUUUUUUGUACAGCUCUAAUCUCGUGAUUUUCGAAGACAACUAUACACCGGGAAGAAAAGCUUGGGUAUCUCUGGGCUGCAUCGGUGUCGGCGACCCGAAAGAGCAGCAUUUGUUGCCGCGGAAGGAACUGCUAUUCGGGGAGCGCUUUUCCCCAGAAGAAUACCAGGAAAGCUACAACUAUGGCAUGGCUUUGAAAUAGAAAUUUAGGUAGUUGUUAGUAUAAAGCACUUUCUUAUUCUUUCAGCUGUUGAAUGUCUUUAGUACGGUCAUCAGGAAAGUUGGCAACAGAGACGCAUGCAUGAAUGCAGUUUACGUGCGGGGUAUGACUGUCUACCAAACUACAACCAUGACUCUUGUCGUCCAUUCACAAUGAAUACUAUAAGAAAGUCAACAAAAAGUGGCCGCGACACCAUCUAAAAUAAUGAUUCGCUUUUGGGUACUAUGGUGGGCAACUUGACGGAACAAGCACUAACAAUGGUGUAUCGGAAGCGAUCGGAUGUAGCAACGCCAAUAUCCAGCACGACGACGACAAUUACGACUUACCCGAAUCCAUCUUCCAAGAAAGCAUCGUGGAGCUUUCUCACAAGGGGAAAGAAGCAGUUCCAAGAUGAUGAAUCCAAAGUAGAUGGAUUUGGGUAAGCUCUAAGACGACAACGCCGGAAAUGAUUCCGAAGAUGGGCAGUGUCCACGCAGUUCCUGCACCUUGGGUCAACCGCGCCACCGAACUCAACUGCGGAUAUGAUCAGAAGGUACCCAUGUAUAUUGCACUGAACGAGAAUAGAAGAGUUUCGCUUUGAGAAUUGAGGCUGCUGCACUUGUAGCUUUUAUACUGACUGCUCUAGCAACAUCAUGGUGAUCCAUGUUGAAGUACAAGGUGAGGCAAAGAGCCAAAGUAUAAUACUAGCUUGGAGCGUCCGACAACAUCCCUCCCACUAGGAUCCCCCCCCUCCCCAAAAUAAGAAACUAAGCAAGGCAAAGACGUAAGCGAUAUGCGUUUUCAAAUUUCGAGAAUUUUCCACGUUUUGCCAUCGUUUUGGGAUUGGAUCUCGUGCGUUUGAAGUCAAGGGCUAAGAUCCCAAAACUCUCUUGGCUUCGCGUUUUUCCAAUUUCGAUAAUUUUCCACGUUUUUCGUCGUUUUGGGAGUGAAUCCCGUGAGUUUGAAGCCUUAAGAUCCCAAAGCUUUUGACUUUAAGCCCUUGCCCCCGAAAUUCAAUGCCUUGGCUUCGCGUUUUUCAAAUUUCGAAAAUUUUCCAAAUUUUGUCGCCGUUUUGAGAUUGGGGCGCAGGAGUUUGAAGCGUUAAGACCCCAAAGCUUUUGACUUUAAGCCCUUUCCGUGAGAUUCAAUCUCUUGGCUUCGCGUUUUUCAAAUUUCGAAAGUUUUCCACCUUUUUCGUCAUUUUGAGAGUGGGCCCUUUGAUUUUGAAGGGCUAAGAUCCUAAAGUUUUUGAGUUUAAGCCCUUUCUCUGAAAUUUAAUUCCUUGGAUUCGCGUUUUUUCAAAUUUCGAAAAUUUUCCACAUUUUUCGCCAUUUUGAAAGUGAAGCCCGUGCGUUUGAAGCGCUAAAAUCCCAAAAUUUUUGAUUUUAAGCACUUUCUCCGGAAUUUAAUCCCUUGGAUUCGCGUUCUUUCAAAUUUCGAAAAUUUUCCACAUUUUUCGCCAUUUUGAGAGUGAAUCCCGUGGGUCUGAAGUGCUAAGAUCCCAAAACUUUUGACUUUGCGGCCUUUGUCUGGAAUUUAAUUCCUUGGAUUCACGUCUUUCAAAUUUCGAAAAUUUUCCACACUUUUCGCCAUUUUGAGAGUGAAUCCCGUGAGUCUGAAGCGCUAAGAUCCCAAAAUUUUUGAUUUUAAGCCCUUUGCUUGGAAUUUAAUUCCUUGGGUUCGCGUUUUUUCAAAUUUCGAAAAUUUUCCACAUUUUUCGCCAUUUUGAGAGUGAAUCUCGAGGGUUUGAAGUGCUAAGAUCCCAAAAUUUUUGAUUUUAAGCCCUUUGCCUGGAAUUUAAUUCCUUGGAUUCGCGUUUUUUCAAAUUUCGAAAAUUUUCGACAUUUUUCGCCAUUUUGAGAGUGAACCUCGAGAGUUUAAAGCGCUAAGAUCCCAAAAUUUUUGAUUUUAAGCCCUUUGCCUGGAAUUUAAUUCCUUGGAUUCGUUUUUUUUCAAAUUUCGAAAAUUUUCGACAUUUUUCCCCAUUUUGAGGGUGAAUCUCGAGAAUUUGAAAUGCUAAGAUCCGAAAAUUUUUGAUUUUAAGCCCUUUACUUGGAAUUUAAUUCCUUGGAUUCGUGUUUUUUCAAAUUUCGAAAAUUUUCCACAUUUUUCGCCAUUUUCCACAUUUUUCGCCAUUUUGAGAGUGAAUCUCGAGGGUUUGAACUGCUAAGAUCCCAAAAUUUUUGAUUUUAAGCCCUUUCCCCCGAAAUUCAAUUCCAUGGCUUCGUGGUUUCCUGGUUUCGUGGUUUCCUGGUUUCGUGGUUUCCUGGUUUCGUGGUUUCGUGGUUUCGUGGUUUCGUGGUUUCGUGGUUUCGUGGUUUCAUGGUUUCAUGGUUUCAUGGUUUCAUGGUUUCAUGGUUUCAUGGUUUCAUGGUUUCAUGGUUUCGUGGUUUCAUGGUUUCAUGGUUUCAUGGUUUCAUGGUUUCAUGGUUUCAUGGUUUCAUGGUUUCAUGGUUUCGUGGUUUCGUGGUUUCAUGGUUUCAUGGUUUCAUGGUUUCCUGGUUUCGUGGUUUCGUGGGUUCAUGGGUUCAUGGGUUCAUGGGUUCAUGGGUUCAUGGGUUCAUGGGUUCAUGGGUUCAUGGGUUCAUGGGUUCAUGGGUUCAUGGGUUCAUGGGUUUGGGGUUUGUUUGUUUUUGUGUCGGAGGUUUUGGGUUUGGGUGUUUUGGGUUUGGGUGUUUUGGGUUUGGGUGUUGGAGGUUGAGGUUUCCGAAGGGAUGUGUUUGCAAAGUUUUAUUGCUCUUAAUAUUAAGACCAGCACGAGGACUUCUUUUUUCAAUGAUGAAGCAAUCAGAUGUACACUAUGUACACCAACCUUACUUACUUUUUCCAGGAAUACGCGGACUAUUUCGAUGCUGCUGCUGAGUGUACGAUGGACAAGGCAUGUAAGAUAGUGUGGGACAAGGACGCUGACGGACGGGGAUGGACCAAGUGCAAUCUUGCAGGGCUGAAAAUGAAGCCUAGCGAAAUGAGCAACUACGACGAUAUGCCUCUCGAAUUCAGGCGUCUAGAACUGGCGCACAGCACUACGGUAGUACAACCAACAGACACACGCAUAUGGCUCACUGAGUUGAAUCGUCGGGAGAGGACAGAAGAGACAGAAGACGAGACGCGCAGUAGUAGGGAUCAUGUAGCUCCUGUCACGCCAGAAAUAGGGAAGAGUGGCAGAAAUAGCGAAGAUACAGGAGCAUCCUCUUUGUCGGCGUCAGGUACAAAUGGGGCAGAGGAAGGCAGUGAGUCCGUGGCAUCUUCUGACGAAGUAGCUGACCCAGCAGGAGUAGCUUUCAUUACUUCACAACUCUCCGAGGCAGAAACACAUAACACUGAGUCUAGUAGAGAUCAAAGUGUAGAAGAAGAGGAAAGUCAGAACACUGAUUCAUCUACUAGUAGAGUUAAUCAGGGUGUGGAGCUGGAGGAUGUAGAUGUAGUCGUUGAGCAUAAAAAUGAGCUUGGAGGCAAGCAGCAGCCAGAAGAAGUUGAAGUAGCAUCUUCCCUGGCAUCUUCAAAAUCAAAAAGUGAAGGUCGUGUCGUUUCAUUGGUAGACGAGGAACCUCGAGCUCGCCUUGUAGCAGAUGGGUCUUCUGAUGUAGAAACGGUACAUCUAGAAGAGGACAACUACGACUUAAUACACAGGUCUACUUCGUCAAGAGUAGAGUCGGAGAUGGGAACAUCUUCACCAGCAAAAAUGAUCAUGGACGCUACAGCGAGGUCGGCGAGUGAUGCCAACGAGGUAGAAGGGCAAUCAUCUGAUGUAGUUGCACGACCCGACGAGGGUUUCGCUUUACAAGACGACCGAAGGGAACCACUCAACGCGCCGGAAAGGAUUGCCGCACAUGAUGUCGGCAGCAAGAGAGCGUCGAGGAGGCAGAAGAUACUCGAUGUUAGCGCCGAGAUAAAAUCACCAGCUAGUCGUGUUGGAGGAGGACCAUCGACGCAGCAAGUCUCGUUCUCAAAGCUCAGUAUGCUGCCAGCGUCCCAUAGGUGA